CGCACUGGCUUCCCGCAGCCUCGGAUUUUGCGAUGUUCAUUAUCCUAGUUUGUUUGCUGUCUCUCUUAGUUCCCUCCCAUCUGCUCUCUCUGUCUCUUGUAAAUCGGAUCAAGCCUGAUUCCCCUCACGUCAAACCACAUGAUCCCAUAAAACAUUCAUCACCUCUCAAUCCCUGAUCCAGCUCCAUAAAACAUUCAUCUUUGCUUUUUCCUCACACUGGCUUUCCAUACAGUAAAGUAGGUAAAGGGGAAAAAAAAGAACAACGUUAUCAAGAACACAGCCCGGCAGGCACAGAGAGCAUCUACUCCCCUGGCUAUCCAGCACCAGGAGCUUGAGAGCUCACGAUUAGCAUCACUUCUCAUUGUCAGGCUUCCCAACUAGCACUUUAGUGAUUUACUCCUGCUUUGGGGGACAAUGAAGACCAACCCAUGGAUACUUUAACUGGAUGGUGAAUACAAAUUGGAAGAAUUUUCUCCAUACCCCCAAUAAUUGAUAGAAGGGGGUGGCAUCACUAAUGGGAUAUUUGCUUUGCACUAUUUAUCAUUUUUUUUUUCUGGGGGAGAGGAAGUGUCAAUAAUUUUGCUGAAGUUUGAAUUUCCUAAGGAUUGUAUAUACAUAUAUACAUAUUUUUUUUAUUUUUUUUCACAUCUUGAGUCUGCGCACAAAGGGGGAUAUACAUAUAUAUAUUUAAGAAAUCCUAAAAUGAGGAGAAUGUUUAACACAGGAACUUCUAGCCAUUACUGUGCCAGUGCAUUUUCAUGUUUUGGACUCUUGGGAAUGUGGAACAGCUGUUUAGUGGUUCAAGAGAAAAUCUGAAGAAACCUUCAAGUUAUAAGAAUGCAAGGAACUAAGUUGCUGUUUCUUGUUACUUGUUGCAUAGUCUUCAAAUUUAAAGUGGAAUGUUGUCCAGAGGCAUGUUUAUGCUACAAUGAACCGAAGAUCACAGUCAGCUGUCAGCAACAAAGACUGACAAUAAUUCCACCUUACAUACCAAUACAGACUCAAAGGAUCUAUCUUCACAACAAUAAAAUUACUUUUAUAAGAUCUACUAGCUUCAAUUCUUGUCAAAAUCUGACUAUUUUAUGGAUCCAUUCAAACAAUAUAAGUCAUAUUGAGUCUGGGGCAUUUUAUGGAUUAAACAAGUUAGAGGAACUAGACAUGAGUGACAACUUUAAUCUUAAAACCAUUUCUCCUCUAACAUUUCGAGGUCUUGCCCAUCUACAUAUUUUACACCUUAAUCGCUGCGGACUGCUGGAACUGCCCAUUGGGAUUUUUCAGGGCCUUUUCUCACUGCAGUAUCUGUAUCUUCACGACAACAAUUUAAAUUUCUUGCAUGACGAUACCUUUCUGGAUCUGGGAAACCUAACAUUUUUGUUUCUCCACGGCAACAAAUUAAACAGUUUAUCUGAAAAUGUAUUUACAGGUCUAAUAAACUUAGACAGAUUGUUGGUCCAUCAGAAUAGGCUUUCCAUGGUCCAUCGGAGAACUUUUCAUGAUCUCAAAAAAGUAACAACCCUGUAUUUGUUUAACAACAACUUGACCAUACUUAAGGGAGAAAUACUAUCACCUCUUGUAUCGCUUCAGUAUUUACGUUUAAAUGGAAACCAAUGGAUUUGUGACUGUAGAGCUAAAUCAUUGUGGAACUGGUUAAAACAAUUUAAGGGAUCAUCAUCAGAGCUGGAGUGCUUCCUUCCACCAGACUUGGCAGGAACUGAUCUCAAAAGACUUCAGACCCAUAAUCUGGAUGGAUGUGCCAACGUGUCUUUCAGUCAAAUGAGAACAAGUAUAUUUACAUCUAAAACUGGCUCUGCAAAAGACACAACUGCAGACAUUUCAAUAAUCCCAGAAGAGUUGACUGAUAGCUGUUGCGAGCAAGUGGAUAAGUCUAUAUUUCCUGAAACAAAUGUUAAAACAGGUCCCUCGUCACAUACCAGUAGAGUAUUGCCAAAUGUUCCUGUUAAAGACAAAGAAAACAUUUCAAAAACUAAAAUUAUAGGCAGCGUUGACAAUAGAAAGAACAGAACAUACAAGCAAAUUAACGACUCCCCUUUUGGAACUUUUACAAGCAAAAUAGACACAUCACAAACCAAGUUAAAGCAAAAUAAUGUCUUCGAUUCAGUUGAACCCUCUACAUCCCCAAACAAAAAGAAGCAUCCUUGCUUGAAAAAGGUGAAGUCAAAAUCUCAGUGUCGAAUGUAUCAACCAGGAACUAAUUCUGCACUAUUGAUCACAGCAAAUCUCCUCUUUAUCUCGUUGUUUCUGAUUCUACCUAUACACUUUUAAAAGCCUAUAUUUUCAUUUAAGACAAUUUCAGAGAAAGAUUAUGGGUGAGCAUCAAGAAUCGUUGCAAAGAAAAAACAAAAAUAUGUGCUUCACCAACAAAUCAGUUUCACAACAAAGGUGAUUGGAUAUUUUUUUAUGGUUGUGUAAUACGAGUUUAUAGAGUGAAGACAUAUUACGUUAUGCCUCAUAUAAAUAAAAAAAAAAGAAAUGUUCCUGUAAAAAUUUAAACGCUAAACAUUAAAAUUAAUGUUUAGCCUUUGUAAUUAAAGUUGUACUUAAUGAUUCAAAAUGUACAUUGUAAAAAUGCUGUUUGUCUGCUCUGUUUAUGAAUAGUAUAAUUAACUGUACUUAUUUCUGUCAUUAAAUGUCUCCUGGUAGCAUUUGUUGAAGAAUGCUUACCAGUUACUUACAUUCUCCAUGUAUACACAUAUAGAUAUGCAUUUUAUUUUAUUUGUGCUCAAAUAUAAAAUAAUUAAAAAAUAAAAAAUUUUUCCAAAUAUACCUAAAGAAACACUAUUGUUGCAUCACAUAUAGGUGAGAUUAUCAAAAGAAGUUCAAAUAAGUAUUUGAAAGAUCUCAACCAGUCUAUAAUACAAUCUAUUAAUCUAUGAAUGGUGGAUUUUAUAUCAGACAAAAAGCAGACAUUAGUUUAUUCUCAUCUAUGCUUUUAUCUGGUCACUGACCACAAUUUGGAUUUUCGCUUUAUUACAAUUGGCUCAGAACAGCACUUCAAAUGUGUCACUUACCAUUGCUUUUCGUAUGCUAUAUGUGUCUAUUAAUUAAAUAGAUAAAUAUAAUUUAAUGGUUUCUCCAAAAUGAAAGACUUUUUUCAGCAGUUAAGGAAACAAUGACAGGUUUUUUGUUUUUUUUUACAAACACUGUUGAGCUUGUCCUAUUUAGCAUUUCAUAUUAAAGGCAUUUCUAUUCACUUAUCACUAAUGUUUUAACAGAUCAUAAUCCUGAAAGAAAAAUAGCCUUCAGUUUUACCAUACCAAGUUAUGUCUAAUCAGUAAUAGCCUUCCAUUUGUCAUUUUUAUGUUCAAAUCAUGGUAAAGUCAAAACGUUCUUGGUGGCCUAUGCAAAAACUGUAAUUGGUGCAUCACCCUGUUCACAAAAUGUGAUCACUGUUAUCAAAUUGCAGCCUCUAGCAGAUCUUACUCGGAUUCAUUAUAUUUUUAUAUGUUUGGUCGUUGUCAAAAUACAUACUGUUUCAUGCUGCCUCUGAUCCAUAUUUGGGUGAAGAAACAGGUUUAUAUAAGUUUUACCACUUUGCAGAAUAAUACGUUAUUUAUGAUGAUAGAGCAAAGGACAGAGGAACCAGAAAGAUUCUCAAAGGGAAGCCCAGCAGAUCCGUCAUUUCUGGUGCUUCGGUGGGGAUACAAAGGAAAUGGCAAUGUUUUUAGUUGCAAAACAUAAAUCAUGCAUAAUUAAGGUUGUAACCAAAUGUUGUCAUUUCCCUCUGCCAUUCAAAUAAAGGAUCACCCUUUGCAGAUGUGCUAGACUUCAUUUCUUCAAGCUAGAGCUUGCCAACAUACUUAAGAAUAUUAUCUUCACAAAUUAUGCAGGCUCUUUUAGCAUCAGCAAUUCUGAUAGCUUUUGUUUCAAAAGAACAGCCACAUUGCUUACAAAGCAGUCUGUAACAGAGUGUACUUUGAGUUAUUUUGUAUCAAGCAAGCAACAAACCAGUUAUGCUUUUUGUGAUAAUACUUUUUUUAUAAGUUGUAUUAACUCAUGAUGAACUACUUUUCAAGAAAUGAGCAUCAAGUGUCAUGGAAAGUAAUACGUACAACUUAUGUACAUUGUAUAAAAGAAACACUCUAAUUAAAAAAUAUAUAUUACCUGUUAA